AUGUCCUCCGGACGCUCUCGUGGUCGAGGCAAUCAGUUUCUUGCGGGUAAAUCAGCCGGUAGGUGGAAACAAACGAAUGCUGGUCCUCCAUUUGAGUGGAAACCGAAGACAAAGGUUGCAUUAGAUGAAUCUUGUGUUGGUGCUUCCAGUUAUCAGAAGGAUGAUUCUUCACUUACUGCCGAAUGUACUUCAGAGAAAAUGUCUAAUUCAGUUCCUAAACCAGAUUUAACUCCUCAAUUACAAAAGGAAUCUUCAUCCCAUCCUGUCAAAAAUCCAUCUUCUGAUAUAGAGUCAGAGAACUUCAAGCCAAUCCCAGAUUCAAGUCAGAGAGCAGAUAAUGUUUCAACACAACCAAAAUCUGUAUCCACCUUUGAUUCUAAUUCAAAGAAUUCAAAUCAUACGUAUCCAAUCCCAUCAAAAAGCCAGAAAGGAAUGGAAUCACAGGAUGGAAUUGCUGAGAAGGGAAAGCAAAUUGGGGAUAAAGGUGGAAAACCAGAGGAUACUAUUACUAACCAUGUUUCUUCUAUAACACGAUUUGACAUCUGUCCAAAGAAGGUUAAAACUGGAGCUGUAAAGCUAAAACCCUCACUACUUUCAACAAACAAAGAAAAAAGAAAUCAAUCUAAACGCGAAGCAGAAGGGCCAAAAAUCAAUAUAUUGAGGUCUGGAAUGGUACUCUUGAAAGGCUAUAUUUCUUUCGAUGAUCAGGUGAAAAUAGUAAAAAUUUGCAGGGAUUUAGGUAUAGAAGAAGGAGGUUUUUAUCAACCUGGGUAUCAAGAUGGAGCAAAACUACAUUUAAAAAUGAUGUGUCUUGGUAGGAAUUGGGAUCCUCAGAGUAGUGGAUACAUUGAAACAAGACCAAUUGAUAAUUCAAAACCUCCAAAAAUUCCUGAUUUUUUUCAUGAUAUGCUUGGUCUUCAUCAGGACAAAGAUGAAAGUAAAGAGAGUUUGAAUGAAGGGUUACCUGUUGUGUCAUUUUCAGUAGGGGAAACUGCAGAGUUUUUAUAUGGAAAUGAUAGGGAUGUUGAGAAAGCAGAAAGGGUAAAUUUGGAAUCAGGAGAUGUUUUGAUAUUUGGAGGGGAUUCGAGACAUGUAUUUCAUGGUGUCCCUUGUAUUUUUCCUGAUACUGCUCCUAAAUCACUUCUUGAAGCAACAAAUAUGCUCCCGGGUCGAUUGAAUCUUACUUUUAGAAAGUUUUGA